GCUCGUCGACCUAAAGAGGAACAUUAUUGUCACCGCACCAGUGGACACAAGCAGGGAUGGACAGACAACAAUCCUCUCAAUAUAACGUCUCCAUGGCCGAGACUAAUACUCUUGGUCCUAUAUGCGGCCCGCUGAUGUAACACCAUUCUUAUGUAAACCACUUGGACUUUAUAUACCUAGCGCGCGUUGCGUUCCACUUCAACAUCCAAGGCGAUCCUUCAGGACAAGAUGGAGGUUGACUCCACUGUGAAACGUUCCGCAUCAUCAGGUGAAACUCGUUCUGGGCUAAGCCUGCACGACGAUCAACUGGAAAUAGUCACCGUGGCCAUCGAGGGCUUUCGUACUUACUGGGCAACCUUUCUAAACCAAGUUGGGGGAGAUGGAGAUGACAAGACGUGGAUUUCCCUCUUUCCAGCGGUUCUGAGUGUAUUUCUGCUUGCGUUACAAGCCGCAGGUUUGGAAGACAUUCAGAGUGCCACGCCAGAAGACUCUAUCCUGCACACCUUUAGCGAUGUCGAACGCGGAGAAUGCAAGGAUUUGGUGAUCAAAGCUCUCAAUGAUGGCGAUUCGACCUCCUUGAUCGAGUAUUUGGGACCGAGGGUGCGACGUUGUGACACUUCCCAGUCGGGAUUGGCCAAAGAUGAAAACCUCACCAGUCGGCAAUUACCCCCCCAAGAGUACGUUGGCUCAUCCCAGAGCUUACUGCUUGACACCUUGGAUCGCUACUCUUCAAGGGGUUUCCGCCCAUACCACCUCUCAAUGACCAUCUUACAGUCUUCCGGGUGCGGCAAGUCUCGUUUAGUGGACAAGUCUGCAGAAGAGAGGUUCGCAUUUCCUCUGAACACAGGAGAGCCAUUGCAGAACUCGCUGGAGACUUACCCACUCGCUGAUCAAGACGUCCGAGAAUUUUUCCUCCCGCAAGCAACAGACACGAACGAGAGUCUGUACAUCAAAUAUACUUCUUUUUUGAUACAAAUGUUCCGUUGCGCGACUCCUAUUGUUCGCUCGUUCAAGUUGAUGGCGCAUUCCGAAAUUGCGAAGAGGUGGCAUAAAUACCUUGCCCAAGGACAGAACUUUCUGGAGACUGGACUGAAUCGGAGGGAGUUCUACAGAGAUGUAAUCAGUCAGGCAGAGGACUUGAUAGCAUCCGUCUCCCGUCCAAAUAUACACAGCAUUGCUGGGGUGGCACCCGUUGAGCCGCCCUUUCCGAAUCUGCAAGCACAACUUGCUGACGCCAUAAAGUGCCUCGAACUGGUGCUUUACCCAGACCCUAAAGGUCCACCAUCGGAAAGAGAUGACCUGGAUCGCUGCUCUUUCUUCCUUUAUAUCGAUGGGGCUCGUAGUCUUACCGAGGAGCCUGAGACCGGAAGCAAUGCACGAAAUCAGAGCGCUCACGAUGCUUUCACGCAUGUAUUAAGUUGGGUGAACAAUCUGCCUUUUUUCACCUUGUUCCUGUCAACAAGCGUGAAAUUAAGGUCGUCCGCCGCCACUACGAUGGCCCCCCAUCCCUCAACGAGAGUCUCGGGAAAGACUGAGUUGCUUCCAGAAUAUACGGUACUGCCGUUUGACAUAUUUUCGCGGGGCCACUGGCAACGCGCUGGUCACGAAAGAGGAGAUCCGAGCCCGCCGAUUACGUUGAAGAUGGUAUGCUCUAGUGGUACCAUGGUUUGCUUUGGUAGACCCUUGUGGUACUCCAUGUAUGACAACGGGAAAGAAAGCACAGAGAGUAUCUUUGCGUUCGCCAUGAAAAAACUUGGUGCUGGGGGUAUUCGAGCCGGACGCAAUGAGGAUAAGACUAGAGAUGGAACAGACACAUCUGCUAUGCUUGCAUCCCUUGACAUCAGGCUCCAACUCUCAUUUGAUCUUGCGCGGCACGCCGCACGGUCAAAGAUCUCAACUUUGGUCGAGUCCUAUAUGCGAGUCGUCUAUGCGGUGCCGUUGCAUCGUGAAUUCAUAUACUCAGGUUAUCCCUCUGAACCCGUUCUUGUCGAGGCCGCCGCACGGUUGCUCAACCAAGGGGGUGGCAGUGACUCUGGGAGCUUCCUACCGCCCAUUGCCUUCAAAGGGCCAAAUAUACUGAAAGCCGGAUAUCGUGAAGGGAUUCUUGAUUGCGGAGAGCAUGCAGAGGCCGUAGGACGUUUGCUGGUGACCAUCGCCCACGAUGCUGCCAUCAUGUGCCAUAACCCGUCAUACGGAUUUGACCCGGUAUUCCAUAAACCCGUCAAAGUCCUCGACUUCCUUCGAUGCCUUUUCCAUCCAAGCUAUCACCAAAUCAUCUUCAGUGCCCUUCCUGUGGUCGCUGGGGAGGGUGCAAUGUCCCUCGAGAGGGCAUACGAAAACGCUUAUAUCAGUUUCUCACACUUCGUUCAGGCGGGAGAUUCCAAAGUAGUUCGAGUGGAAUAUUUGUCCAAAUUGCUUCUGCGUGGGGGUGCCUUAAACUGUUACGUUGAACGGUCCUCUAUCGACCUUAGCUUCGUUAUUCCGGUCUUCUUCGGGGGUCUUGAACAGCCCAUUGAUCGAGGCAAGACAUCUGCACUCCAAGUGCAGAUCAGGAAUCACAAAAACAGGUUGCCCGAGGAUGAGUAUUACUCUGUAAAUCCACAAAUCACGAAGCCCGACCUCGACGUGGCUGUCCUAUCGCUCAUUCUUGAAUUCGGUGCCCAGACUUCAUUGGUCGGUGUACAAUCCUAUCCACAUCGUCGAGCCCCGAGUGGCGAGAGGCUACCCGAUGAACACCACUACCUCAUCGUGGCACAUGGAUGUUCUUCCGCCACUUAUUCGGUGAUACCAGCGGAACUUGAUAAGAAGUAUGCUUCCUUGCUGCGACACUCAGCUUGUUGGAUCAGUUCCCCAGGAAGAUCAAUAUUCGCCAGGCCUUGCACAGAAACCACUUUUCUGGGGUGAAAAGGCCGAAUCUUGGAGUUGGUGAGCGCUCGCUGGUUAUCUGAUGUGAUCGCUGCCCUGCGUCCCGAAAGCUACCAAGUUAUGUUGUCUCAGUCAUUCUAAUGUGCUCCCCGUUCAAUGCAAUGUAGUGUGUAGUAUUCACAACUUUUCGUGCGUGAAUAAUUGAUCCUUUCUGGUCCGAGCGAAUG